AUGCCAUUCCGACUCUUCCUCACCCAGACAGCACCUCCAACUCAAUCGAGGACCACAGACUGCGAAGCCGACAGCGAGAGAGCCAUCAUGCCGGUCACCUUGAGCGCAGGUCUUGCUCUAGCAGUACCCGUCAAAUCAGACCUGCUCGGCGAGCGAUUGGAGGCUUACUCCAUAGUCGUCCCCGUCUUGCGCGCCCUUCGACGGUGUCAUCGCUUCGGCAAAGGUCCAAAAGUUCACGUCACCAAGCUUCCGGCUGAGAUCGAGCUUAUCAUCGAGGGCCUCAUCAUCCGUGACAGACAAGAACGCUAUCGCGACUUGUCUCGUUGGAAAGAUGCAUUCCGUCACUACGAGGGACACUGCUCGCCCAUGGACCACAUCAACGCCUCCCCAUUGCACGACAGAGCAGAAGACAUCGACCAAUGCAAGAGCUGCAGAGAAGCCGAAUGGAAGGAUCCAGCAGCUUGCGAAAACAGAUGUGAAGACGGAAACGCUGAUCAGUGCUGGACUUGCUCACAAAAGUGUGACCCCGGCAACUGUAUGCGCACUUGUCGUGCCCAGAUCAACGAGCACGUGAAUGACAUGGUCUUGCAAUGGGAACCCGGUGUUGACCUGGACGGCGAUUGCGAGUCUUGGGAGAAGAUGAUUGACCAGAAAGGCGACUUUGCCAAAUAUCAAAAGGUACUUCGCCAACAUUUUGGUCUUGAUGUCUUCCUAUCCAGCACCAGGAUCGCUAGGCAAGAUCAUGCCACUUGGCCCCGCCACCUCAACCACGACUGGCGCGACAAGCAGUCGCUCAAGACCACGCUUUGCUACCUCACACUGGCGGGACAGUUCGCCGAUUCCAAGACCUACGAGGAGAGUGAAAUGGAGGCUGACUGCGGCGGCGGAGUUUUCGACAUGGCGCAGGCUAUCCCCAUCAAACCGUUGAAACGAAAGGGAGAUGCAAAAGCAAGCAACCGAUUUCGCCGUGCCAUGAACAUCCUGGGUCUGGAGGUGUAUCUUCAUCCAAGCCAGCGAAGCUCCUUGGUCCUACCUGAUCACGAAGAUGAUGACAAUGUAGAAGACCCGAAGGAAAACUGCAUUGCCGGCAAAUCUUGGGCUCGCUCCGCAAAUUGGCCCAGACUGGUACUCCUCGUCAAAUGUGGUUUUGGUGGAUGA